ACCCAUUAUGAUCGUGCAUACACACAACAAAAACAGGAUAUACUCUAUAUGGCUUCCAGACGACAGAUGGAAGGUGAAUCAGCUCACCUUGUUUCACCAACAAGGAGAGUGAACAUGGCGAAGGUGACUGUAUGCAGUUGCAGUUUGGAGGAAACUGUAUCAGGCCUUAUCCAGUACAUCCAACAUAACCUCUCCGAUGUUGUGGAAAAGGUGAAAUUCAGAUCCCUCCCGUACAACAUAAGCGACAUUGACAAGUUCGUUUUUGGAGGAAUCGAUGUCCUUCUACUUUGCCACUCCAUAGACAACAGACGAUUCUCAAUAACUGACGUCACAGAUGCGUUGUAUGACAGAUUCCUGCCACGGGCUAAGAAAUAUUUGGGAAAAUGUAAGAUAGGAGUCAUCGCCCAUGACUUUUCAGAAGAUUAUCUUAAAGAUUAUAAGAUGUCUAAUUUUCGCUCCAAACAGCCUACGACAUUCAAGUGUGCAUCGCUUGUUUUGACUGGAGGUCAGCUGUCACGUGAUCAAGUGGAGCUAACCGAGAAACAGCUUGAUGAUGUUCGGCAGUUUUUCCUGGCAUCACAUCCAAGUCGUUUGGAAAGGUUUCAAGCAAUGCUCCGCAGAACAUGUCGGUGCCUGUCUAACCACGAUGAUGAUGGUGAUGAGAAUAAUGACGAUGAUGAUAUGUUAUAGCCUAAUCAUUAUAAAGUUUCGGGGGGCGUCGUGAUCUAGUGUUUACGACUCUCGUCUUUGUAAUCAGAGGGACGUGGUGCGAUUCCCAACCAUGGCGAGAUUUUCUUCAGCAAGAAAUUUACUCUAAUCGUGCUGCAUUCAACCCAUGUGAGGUGAAUUGGUACUCGGCAGGAUUAAUUCCUUGAAUGUACACACUAAGAAAUUUGGGUUCAAUUUUGCACCACUAGGGCUUGUCCCUAUAAGAGUACCCCUAGCGGUGCACACGUACACCCCGAAUAGGGGUGUACAGUGUGUACCCCUAUUUUGGGUGUCCAUCUGCACCUUAGAGGGUGUACACGUCUACCCUUCAGGGUGCAUAAUGUACCCCACCCAACAUAACAAAAAGAUUGUCGAGACUUCCGGUCCAUUCACUUUCUUUAUCGAUUUUUUUAGUUACCUUAGUUGGGACUCGAACUCGCCUUGUUCUAUAGUCAUGAUAGUAGUCAAGAUUCUUCCCGCUAUGCCAGCGAGAAGCGCUGAGAGAGGAUGAGGUGUCUAGCGAUAUGAUCCGAUUCUUAUUUUGACUUGUGCUUAUAGUUGUGGUUCAACUAUAAUAGCUCUAUUUACUGUUUCUCCAAAUGUAUACGUAAUUAAUUGUGUUUUUGAAACAAUCAUCAUCAUCACAUAAAUAUUAAAUAUUUAAAAAAAUGAUCCACUUAGGUAAAGUGAAAUGUGUUAGUGCAUUGUUAUUUCGGGUAAUCUUCGAUCACAAAUCAACUUAAUCUAUACCAUAUACAUCUAUCAGCAAGACUGGUAGGGUGCACGCAAAUAGUACAGGGGUGUACAACAGUUUUGCGAGGUGUACGCACGUAUCGUACACCCCAUUUGAACAGGAAUUUCUUAGUGUGUACCAAGCAACUUUAGCAGCCGGAGCUAAAUCCGGGGGAAUAAAGUGCGCCAUUGAAAGUUUAUUUCAAUUUUACAAUAAUUGAUGAAUAUUUACAUGCUAUUUGACAGAAUGUCUCCUGUUUACUUUGAUUUAAUUAUGCUUGAUUUUAUUUUCAUACUGUAUCAGUAAUUUAUAUCUUUUAGCUAUUACGCAUUCUUACAAUUACUUUGUUUCAUACUAUGACAUGGGCGGAAAUCUCUUCCCAAAGGUUAGUGGGGGGGGGGGGACAUUUUGUCCAAAAUAUAUUUGACAGUCAAAAAAGAAGAAAAAAAGGUAUAUUAUCGAUAUAUUGCGAAAUUCGUGGAUAGGAUCCUACAUGUGUUAUUUCGACUUUAAAUGUAUUUUUUUCCAUAAUAAAAGACCAAAAAUAGUGUGGGGACAUUUGAUAUAGUGUCCCCCCCUUUCCAAAUGGUAGGGGGACGCGUCCCCUCUGGGAUUUCCGCCCAUAUGUUAAUAUCUGUCCUACAUUGCAAAGUGCAUAGAGCUUUCUAUUAUGCGCUUAAUAAAUCAAUCUUUAUUAUUAUUACUAUUGGAUAUGCAACUAGAUAAUCGGCGCCUCAUAAACGCUUUAUUACUAAUAUCAUUAUUGUUAUUUUUAUUAUCAUUAUUUCAUUAUUAUUGUUAUUAGUAGUAUUAAGAUGAAAACUGGUGUAGGAUAUAUAACAGAGACAGCAAGGGGGUGUGGAGGCUACUAAAGGUCGUAUUUUAAUCUUCACAGUCCCAUCUGAAAUCAACAACCUAGUGAGUUUGGUAGAAAUCCCAUGUAUAUGAUUUUAAGAAACUUAAGUAAUAUUCAUUCUCAAAUGUAGAAUUUUAUGUAAGAUAAAUAAUCUAAAAAUAAUAUAUGGGACUGCAAUGAUCAUACCCUUACCCACUUCCUCAAUGCAAGCCCGAGAUAUUUUUAAGGCUACUCUAUGUCGCAUCUGCACCCGACCACAGCGACAUAGUACUCUCGUUCUGUUGCUGUGUACCCGUGAUGAUGAUGAUGAUUAUGAUGAUGAUGAUCGUUGAUAAAUGAAAUUAUGUACGCUCAUAAAACAUGUAAAAGGUCUUGUUAAAAUAGCCAAUCGAUUGGCGGUUGCGUAAACCUCCUACCCCCCUCUCUCUUUGUCGUUUCCUACAUUAUACCAUGGAGCUAUAUAGCUCCAUGCUUAUACUCAUCUACCCACCUAUUCUUGAGAAUGUUAUCCCUAUUUUCUUGCAUGUAACCUUAAACUGAUCACAACGGUUCUCUUCAAUAUUUCAAUUAAUUUUGUAAAAAGUGUGUAAAAAUGACAGUAUUUAUUCAUGUGGCUUUGUAGUUUUGAAUUGGAUUUAUACACUCUAAAAACACUGAGUAAAACUUUACCCAAUAUUGGUUAGAAAGGGAACACGCAUGUUUGCUGGGUAUUUAAAAAAAAAAACCCAUGUUGGGCUAUUCCAACGCAACAUUGAGUAAAAUGUACAAAAUAAAUAUUGGGUAUCUUUUCACCUAACCAACAUGCAUGCUCCCGUUUUACCCAAUAUUGGGUAAAUCUUUUUUAGAGUGUAAUGUUUUUUGUUUGUUUUCGCUCUUGUUAUCAAAUUAACACUCUUCUUCCCCUUUCAUCUUCUUAUGCUCUCUGACUUCUCUCUCAAUGUUCAAAUUCUACAUUCCAUUUUUUUGGCCCUCUAUCUUGCUCCGUCUCUCUCUUUUCUAUUACUUUUUUUUCUGAACUAUAUAUUGCAAUUAUAUUUUCCAACCUUGAUGCAUUCCAAUCAUUAUAAUUCUGUGUAUUGUAUUUUUCUUUUGUGUGUAUUUUAUUUAGCUUUGUAAUAGUAUUGAAUUUGAAUUUUUUCACAAAACAUUUCAGCAAGAUCUGCUGGUCAAAAAGAAUAAAUAAUACAUUGCAAGUGGAUUUCUUAUCUUCAUGCAAUCAUUUCAAUAAAUUAGAUUCUGUGUAGAGUAUGCAUGUUUUUGAAAUUUGCACUUGAUAUUUUAAUUUCACUUCAUUGUUAACGAAUCCCACCAGAAUUGUCUGCUGGUCAAUAUUUUCGUGUACAUGCCAAUAUAAUUUAUAACUGACAAAUAAACAAUGUCGUUU